UGUAGCUUCAUCAUGAGCCGAAACGGAUGAACAGGAUAUUGAUGUUCUAUCCAUGAAAUCAACAAGAACCAGCGACAAGAACAGUUUCUCAAGUUCUCGGCCACAUACAUGUGAAGAACAGAAAUGUCGAUCUUUUGCGCGUUAACGAGUGUGAUCGAAUUCGUGAUAUUAGUGGCAAUAACUGGAAUUUUGGCCUCUUUCGCUGCCGUGUUGCGUUUGAUGGAGUUGACCAUCAACCUGAUUCAUCCUCUCACCAUUCUUAUGCUUCGCCAAUCUGGUAAAUUAAUCGUUUAUGGUACAACUCAAAGUAAAAAUUUGAUGAUCAAAUCGUACUGGAAGCUACGCUCUAUUACGAUAUUCCCUCCUCGAUUGGCGGUGGCGGAGUUAAGGAUGCAACAACCGUUCAUCCCGUAUCAGAGAAACGUGUUGGGCAUGGUGGAGGAAACAUUCCCGCGGAAAGAGGAUGUCAUGUUCAGGGAGAGGCUGAUGGAAAAGAAGGCUGAGCUCGAUGACGAAGAUGAUGACGUUGGCAAACCGGUAUCCGAAAGAAACAUGAACGAGAAAGGGGUUGAAACGAAAUUGGAAGAGAUGGAAGAGAUGAGCGAUGAAACUAAGGAGAAUAUUGAGGAGGAAGGGCUCGAUGCCGAGGAAGAGAAAGAGGAAAAGGAGGAGGAAGAGAAGGAGGAGGAAGAGGAGCAGGAACAGGAAGAGGAAGAGAAGGAUGAUGUAAUGAUACCGAGCAAAACAUCUGACGAUUGA